AUGGUUCAUUACGUCAAGCUUGCCGUUGCCUCGGCGGCGACGCGCUAUGGGCUGCUGCCCGUCUUGAUCGCCGCUUCGUCAAACAAGGCGGCGUUCGGAUUCGCAGCUCGACUUGUCCAACCAGAUUGCCUCGUGGACACCGACGGCAACCGCACCACGAUCAAGACGCCAAGCGACACGCCGGACGAUCGACGGUUCACCUUGGCGAUCAACGCCAAGCCCGAGCUCGUGCCCGACGUGCUCAAGCCGUUUUGCCUGACGCUCGUGGUCGACAAGGCGAUGGACGUCAGCACUCGUGUGAAAACGCUUCUCAUCAAGCGCGAAGCGUCUUCACACGAGUGCUGA